AUGGUAAUGGAAUUGAAGGAGGAUUGUUGUGGGAUUGAAUUGGGAAAUCUCUGCCUACAAGUCAUAUAUUCCAUCUUCUCUAAAAUCCCUGUAAAAUCCCUCACCAAAUUGAAGUGCGUUUCCAGGACCUGGCGCGAUUUCAUCAACGAAUUCCGCCGAUUCCACCGUCCGGCCACCGCCUCCGGCCUCGUGCUCCUCUCCUCCAACCAUCCCGCCGUUCAAGAAUCGAUCUUUAUCAAAGCCCACGAACAGCAUUGCCGGUGGCUUGCCGGGUUCGAAGAAACAGAGUUCUAUCGCCGCAUCAAGCUCCGGCUACACCUGAUCGAUUCUCGUUGUGGGUUGCUUCUUUACGGCACAAGCGAUUCUCAAUUCUGGACUUACUACGUUUUCAACCCUUUACUUGAUCAGUUCUUGCCUCUCCCUCGGGUGCACGAAGCGAAACGAUUAGCCUGCGCCAGUCUUGUGUUUGAUGAAUCCUGUCACAAGAACUUUAAGGUGAUUUGUGCUUUCUUGGAAGAGAUUGAUGUUAUGAAGGACUCAAUGCGGUGUAAAAUCUUCUGUUCUAAGAAAAGGGAAUGGAGAGAAAUGGAAGCAAGAUUAUUCAACCUUCAUCUGGCUAAAGGGUUCUUCAACAAACAGUUAAUUGGUCCAAGUGCUUUUUCCAGAGGAAGAUUGUACUGGAUUUGGAGUCUUUGUAUGUUGGUUUUUGACAGUGAGGAAGAAUUCUUCAAGCUUAUUCCUUUACCAUCAAAAGCAGCUCAUCAGAGUGAACGCAAUUCGCGGAAUUCGUUGUCUCAAUUCUUGUGGGAAUCAGAGGAUCAGAUUUACUUUUGUUUUCAGCUCAAAGAGUUGCUCUGUAUCUUCAAAUUUACUGGAGCUGAUCAUCUUCUGUUUAAAGAUGAUGAUUAUAAUAGCAUGGAUUCUGGGUUGUGGGGAUUCCACCGGUCUGUUAAUCUGCAAGAAAUUACCGUCCGGGAAGUCGGUCUUUUAGGUGACGGAAAAUUAUUCAGAGCUCGGCACACAUUAAUCAGGCCUUGUGGUUUCAAUCAAGAUUUGCAGUUAUUGUUUCUGUAUGUGCCGCCUGAGAGGAUUGUUUCUUACAGUUUGGAAACCGAAGAAUUUGAGCCAGUUUGGUGUUGUCGAGAGUUGGAAACUUGUAAUUCUUCAAACAUUGUGCAAGUUCUGCCAUUUUUGUUCAAAUCUGUCCAUCUGUUCACUUAG